UAGCUUUACAUUCUCAUCCAUUCUUCGCCUUACGCAUUUAAUCUACUUAUAUAAACCCCCUCAAACCAGUACUAUUUCCCUUGUCUAAAACUUGCUAGUGUAUAAUGAGCAAAGGAAGGAUUACUACUAAAAGCACAAGCAAUCCAAAUGAAGAAGAAGGAUCAUCAAUUGACCUAAGAAGAGGGCCAUGGACUCUGGAGGAGGAUAACCUUCUUAUCCAUUACAUAACAUGCAAUGGUGAAGGUCGAUGGAAUUCACUAGCUAAAUGUGCAGGGUUGAAAAGAACAGGGAAAAGUUGCAGAUUGAGGUGGUUAAAUUACUUAAAACCAGACAUUAAGCGUGGAAAUCUCACCCCGCAGGAACAACUUCUGAUACUAGAACUCCAUUCCAAGUGGGGAAACAGGUGGUCAAAAAUUGCACAGCACCUGCCGGGAAGAACAGAUAAUGAAAUCAAGAACUAUUGGAGAACAAGGGUGCAGAAGCAGGCACGACAACUAAACGUUGACUCUAACAGCAAGAAAUUUCUGGAAGCGAUCAAGUGUUUUUGGAUGCCAAGAUUGCUUGAAAAGAUGGAGCAGAGUUCAUCACUCUCCUCCUCAUCAUCCAUUUCUUCCAUUUCUACCCUAGACAAUCAUAAUUCCGCCUCUCCUUCUUUAGCAACUAAUAAAACCCCUUUGGCAUCAUCAUCUCCAUUGGCGGACUCGAAAAAAUGUUCAUCAGAUUCUGUGAGAAUAAUGCUGCUGCAGCAGCCAGCUGCUCAGAGUCAGGAAAAUCCCAAUAGCAGUCCUGUUCAAACCUAUGGCAAGAACAACUCUGCAUGCAACAAUUCAAUUGAGGAGGAUAGUUGUUACCAUGUGGACAUGACUAGCUAUCCUGAUGGAGAGGUUUUCAGCCAUCACCAACCUCCUGAGAUGUCAGCCGAAGCAAUGGAAUCUCCGGACAUGAAUUUCUCAGAAUGUCAGAUUUCAGAAGCUGAUAAUUGGUUUAAUGAUGACAUGUCAGCAGGUGCUUUUUGGAACACGGAUGAACUGUGGCAUUUCAGAAAGCCGGAGGUGGGCAUCUAGAUAAUUACUAGAUUACAGAUUCUAGAGUUUUGAGUGGCAUUAUUGUUCAUUAGCUGCUCUAGUUAGCCUGGCCAAAAAAAAAAAAACUGCUCUAGUUAGAGGGCCAAACUACUGUUCAUUUAUGUUCAAGAUCAGGGACUUAAUCUGUAUUGGCCUGACUUUUUGUCCAUAUGUUAUCAUCCAAAUAUACAAGGAAAGCUUUCUAGGUAGCUAA